AUGGCGCAGCCGGAAAAGCAAACUGGAACAUCGGAGUUUGAAAAAGUAAUUGAAAAAUUCGAAGAACAUUUUAAUCCUGAAAGGAAUGAGAUUUACGAAAGAUAUAAAUUCUUUACUAGGAAUCAAAAUGAAGGAGAAUCGUAUGAGGACUAUUCAGUGGCUCUGAGAGAUCUUUCAAGUACGUGUAACUUCGAUUUUUUAACAGAUAGCUUGAUAAGAGAUAGACUAGUGUGUGGAAUUUCUGAAAAAACAGUAAAGGAUAGAUUGUUACGUACAAAAGAUUUGACCUUAGCUAAAGCCAUUGAUAUAUGUCGUACAUCGCAAGAAACACAAAGGCAACUUGAGAAAAUUUGUUCUUCGACUAGUACUUCGAACAAUAUAGAUAAUUUAAACGAUGUAGACUAUAACAUACAAAAGAUUAAUAAAAAACCAAACACUGCAGACAAUGCCGGAAAGAAUACGAAGGAAGACAGAUAUACAAAUUAUACACGUGAGUGUCAAAGAUGUGGCUAUAUUCAUCCAGUGAAGAGAUGUUUAGCCUUUGGCAAGCGUUGUGUUCGUUGCAAUGGCUACAAUCAUUUUGCAAAUAAAUGCAAAAAUCGUUUUGUUCAUAAUGUGGAAGAUAAUAAUGAUGAGAGAAGAUGUGAAAAUAUGGAGGAGAAUAUUAAGACUAUAUUUUUUGGAUCAGUUUUCAUAAAUUCUCUAAAGGAAGACACGAAGGAUUGGACAAUUGUCGUUGGAUCUAAUAAUGUGUCUCUUGAUUUAAAAGUCGAUACUGGUGCUCAGGCGAAUUUAUUAUCUGGAAGAAACUUGUCAAAUUUAGGAUUAGACAAAAAUAAUCUUUUAGAGUGUAAGGCCAGGCUGACAACAUAUACAGGUCAAGUAAUUAACUGUCUUGGAAAGUGUUCUUUGCCUAUUAAGUAUGAUGGCAAAAACUACGUAUUAGAUUUCUAUGUAGUAGACUCAGAUAAAGCAAGCAACAUAUUAGGACUACAUUCAGCGAUUAAAAUGAAUUUAGUUAAUCCUAUAAAAAAUCAAAAUUUAAAAAUCAAUGAAAUUAAUACAUUAUCAGAGUAUAGGGAUUUAUUUGAAGGCUUAGGAUGUAUGAAAGAGGAAUAUGAUAUUAAACUAAAACAAAAUGCCACUCCAGUUGUUCACGCGAGUAGACGAGUUCCAAUAGCAAUUCAACCAAUUUUAAAGAGAAAACUUGAUGAGUUGGAGAAAAUAGGAGUGAUAUCUAAAGUAUCACAUCCUACAGAGUGGGUCAAUUCUUUAGUUAUUGUUGAUAAGCCUAACGGAGAUUUGAGGUUGUGCUUAGACCCUAAGGACUUAAAUGAGGUUAUCAAAAGGCAACACUUAGAACUACCUACUCUUGAGGAGAUCACUAGUAAACUUUCAGGUGCUAAGUAUUUUAGCACUCUAGAUGUAAAAAAUGGAUUUUGGAAUAUAAAGUUAUCUGCAGCAAGCUCUGAUUUAUGUUGUUUUAAUACUCCGUUUGGAAGAUACAAAUUUCUAAGAAUGCCUUUUGGAAUUUGUAGUGCGUCUGAAGUUUAUCAACACCGAAUGCGUCAAAUACUAGAUGACUUAGAUGGGGUUGAUGUAUAUAUUGACGAUAUUUUGAUUUGGGAACAACAUGAAAGAGUAUUUAAUGAGUUAAAAAAGAUACUAACUGAGAAACCCGUAUUACAAUUUUUUGAUGAAAAGUUACCGGUAGUUCUUUCCGUUGAUAGUUCUAAGGAUGGAUUAGGCGCUGUAUUAUUACAAAAUGGAUUACCAGUGGCUUAUGCAUCAAAAGCUUUAAACGAAUUCUAUAAGCGUGGCAAGGAAUUGUAUAUAGCAAACACUUUAUCUAGAUCAUUCGAUACGGAUGACAGUCUGCAAAUUGACCUAGAAGAGAGUAAUAUUGAGGCUAAUAUUAAUCUAGUGAUAGAAACAUUAAACAUAAGUAAAAAGCAAUUAAAUAAUGUUCAAAACUUUACGAGAAAUAAUGAAGAAAUGAAGUUAUUAAAGGAAUUUAUCCUUAAAGGUUGGCCAAGCCAUAAAAUCUCUGUACCGGAGAAAAUAAGAUCAUAUUGGCAUGUAAGAGACAGCUUGACAUAUAAGUCAAACUUGAUAUUCAAAGGCAAUGCUUUGGUAGUGCCGCCUGAAUUAAGAAAGGAGAUGUUACAUCGGGCGCAUUUUCCACAUUUAGGCAUAACAAAAACGUUGUUGCGAGCAAAUGAGGCUAUGUAUUGGCCCAGAAUGGUACACGAAAUCACAGAAUUAGUAUCGCGGUGUGAAACAUAUUAUUAUUCAAAAUAUCCAGAGAUUGCUGCGUUAAAAGAAAUAAAAAGUGAAGAUAUCAUUGAUAAGUUAAAACAAAUAUUUAGUAGACACGGCAUUCCACGAAAAAUAUUUAGUCACGGAGGGCCGCAGUUUUCCAGCAUGAGUUUUAAAGCGUUUGCUAAUCAAUACAACUUUGAGCAUAUUAUAUCUAGUCCAGAAUAUCCACAAUCAAAUGGCAUGGUAGAAAGAGAAAUACAGACCAUUAAAAAUUUGUUUAAAAAGGCUAUACAUGAGAAAAAAGACCCAUACCUAAUAUUAUUAGAAUUCCGUAAUACACCAAUUUCUAAUACAAUUGCAUCUCCUGCAGAAAACUUAUUUAAUAGGAAAAUAAGGGGUAUUGUUCCCAUUAAUCAGAAAUGUUUUUAUCCAAAAGUCAACCAAAAUUUAAGAGAGAAAUUAAUAGAAAAGCAAAAUAAAGACAAAUAUUUUUAUAAUAGGAAUAAAAAAGAUCUAAGACCAAUAGAAACAGGAGAAGGCGUGUUAUUUAGGAUAGGGAGAUUUUGGAAGAAAGGAAUUAUUAAAGGAAAGACAAAUGAUAGGACGUACAAGAUAGCAAAUGAAAAUGGGAGGAUAUUUGUUAGAAACAGGUUUCACAUAAAGCCUCAAAAUAUGAUUCCUUUUUACAUUCCCGAUGUCGAUAAUCAAGAAAGUGACGCAAUCCAACCAUCACAACAACAACCAUCAUCACCAUCAACAUCCUACUAUACAACAUCAUAUGGUCGGGUAGUUAGACCUCCGGUCAGGUAUGGUCAGGAAUAA